GGUCUCCGCGCAGGAUUCAGACUUGGAUUAAGAUUAAGAUUAAAGUUGGAACCCAGUUCGAGGUUUAAAUCAGGACCUACAGGGUUGAACUGAGAGCCGAGGGUUCGAACCGUGCAGUGCUAGAGUGUGAGAGAGUACAGGCCCUGUGAGAGAGUAAAUACAGGGAAGAUGAAGAAGAUCUGGCUGCUGGUGCUGCUGCUCGGUUUAGCUCAGCUCGGUCACAUCAGCAGAGCUCAGGAGGAGGAUGAGGGUGAGAUUGUUGAAGGUGAUGAAGAUGAUGAUGAUGAUGAGGAGGAGGAUGAUGAUGAAGACGACAGUACUGAAGUGAAGGAGGAGAACGGCGUGCUGGUUCUCACCGAUGCUAACUUCGACACGUUCAUGGAAGGCAAAGACACGGUGCUGGUGGAGUUUUACGCUCCCUGGUGCGGCCACUGCAAACAGUUCGCUCCCGAGUACGAGAGGAUCGCUCAGAGCCUGAAGGAGAGCGAGCCGCCGGUUCCCACGGCCAAAGUGGACGCCACGACUUCGAGUGCGCUGGGGAAUCGCUUCGAGGUGUCCGGGUAUCCGACCAUCAAGAUCCUGAAGAAGGGCGAGGCGGUGGAGUACGACGGCGACAGGACCGAACAGGCCAUCGUCGAGCGGGUUAAGGAGGUCGCCCAGCCGGAUUGGAAACCUCCGCCAGAGGCCACGCUGGUUCUGACCAAGGAUAACUUCGACGACGUGGUCAAUGAUGCAGAAAUCAUCCUGGUGGAGUUCUACGCCCCCUGGUGCGGUCACUGUAAGAAACUGGCGCCCGAGUACGAGAAAGCCGCCAAAGAGCUCGCCGCCCGAUCUCCUCCCAUCCCGCUGGCUAAUGUCGACGCCACCGUGGAGAGCGACCUCGCCUCCCGGUUCGACGUGUCCGGUUACCCGACUCUGAAGAUCUUCAGGAAGGGCAAGGCGUUCGAUUACAACGGGCCGCGGGAGAGAUUCGGUAUCGUUAAAUACAUGAGCGAGCAGGCGGGUCCUCCGUCCAAGCAGGUGCAGACCCAGAAGCAGAUCCAGGAACUGGUGAAGGAUGGAGACGAUGCCGUGAUCGUGGGCGUGUUCUCCAGUGAAGGCGAUGCUGCUUAUGAGAUCUAUCAGGAGGCGUGCAACACCCUGAGAGACGACUACACGUUCCGCCACACCUUCACCAGCGAACUAGCCGACUACCUGAAGGCCUCACCGGGUCAGGUGGUCGUGAUCCAGCCCGAGAAGUUCAGGUCAAAACACGAGCCCUCCUCACACACCCUGACUAUUAAAGAUUCCACAUCUGCAUCAGAGAUUCAGGGCUUCUUUGAGAAACACAUCUUGCCGUUAGUGGGGCACAGAAAACAGAGCAACGCCGAGAAGAGGUACGCCAAGCGCCCGCUGGUGGUGGUGUAUUAUGGGGUGGACUUCGGCUUCGAUUACAGAGUUGCUACACAGUUCUGGAGGAGUAAAGUGGUGGAGGUGGCCAAGGAUUUCCCAGAGUACACGUUCGCCAUAGCGGACGAGCAGGACUACGCCGACGAGCUGAAGAGCCUCGGGCUGAGCGAGAGCGGCGAGGAGGUGAACGUGGGUAUUCUCGGCGAAGGAGGGAAGAAGUACGCCCUGGAGCCCGAGGAGUUGGACUCGGACGUGCUGCGGGAAUUCGUUCAGGCCUUCAAGAAAGGAAAACUGAAGCCCAUCGUGAAGUCGCAGCCCACUCCCAAAAACAACAAGGGACCCGUGAAGGUGGUGGUGGGUAAAAACUUCGACGAGAUCGUCAUGGACACCACGAAGGACGUCCUGAUCGAGUUCUACGCCCCGUGGUGCGGGCACUGCAAGAAACUGGAGCCCGAGUACCUCGCUCUCGGGAAGAAAUACAAGAACGAGAAGAACCUGGUCAUCGCCAAGAUGGACGCCACGGCCAACGACAUCCCUCACGAAGCCUACAAGGUGGAGGGAUUCCCCACGAUAUACUUCGCGCCCAGCAACAAGAAGCAGAGCCCCAUCCAGUUCUCGGGCGGCGAGAGGACCGCCGAGAGCUUCAGCAGGUUUAUAGAGGAGCACGCCACCAAGCUCUCGCAGAAGAGAGACGAACUCUGAGGGUUUUAGAGAGAGCUCGAACCUGAGGCAGGGUUCUCGCGGACUGUGGCGGCCUGAUCCCAGAAUGCAGUGAGAUUAUCGUUUCUGAAUCAGAAUGUUCUUUCAUUCCAAAGCACUGUUAGGUUUCUUUUCAAAUCUUUUUAAAUAAAAAAGGUAAAAUAGGAAA